UAAUUCACCUAGUAACAUCAGUAAAGUUUAUGUUUCAAAGGAAUCUGAAGGAUUAGAAACAUCUUUUGAACUUCUUCGUAAUAAUAGUUUUGAUAAAAAUGGCAAAAUUGGUAUAAUUCCAAUUUCACCAUUAACAAAAGAACGAAAACAAUAUUUAUAUUCUAAUAUUCGUAAACACGUUGACGAACCAUUUAAAGAGGUUCAUUUUUCUAAACCUGAUGAACAUUAG